GUGUGGAUGCACUGCGUCUGCAGUGAUUGCUGCCUAUGAAAAUACGGUUUAAGAACUUGUCUAUUAGAAAAUUUGCUCUUUUUGUUAAACACUUUCCUUCCGACAUUGCCACUGAACAAGGUUUGUUCACAAAUAAUGUUUUUUAAAGUAUAAUUAAAUACGUGUCCAAAAACAUGAUUUGUGAUAUUCAAAUGUCAUAAUGUCAAAUGUCAGUCUCCAAAAGGAAAGUGUCUAAGGUGACGGGUGUUGCGCAUGUCAAUAAAUGAAAUCAAUAUUUGAAAUGUUUGGAAAGAUGUAGAGAAAAUAGAAAAUUAUAUUGAGAUAGUUAAUACAAAAUGAAACUCACAACAAGGCGAUACACUGCAGUUCUUUUCUCUCAAACAUUACUCUUGUUAAUCGACUUUAUAAUCAAUGUUGUUUUAUUAUAUGCUAGAGAAAGUAAUUCUGUAAUGUUAAUUCUGUUCAUAAUCCAAGACGCUUGUUUGAUACUGGAUUUGUCCGCAUUACUGGCCGUUUUCUUUUCAACCCAUGUCUUCCAAACUGGACUAGUUUACCUACUCUAUGAAAGGUUUCGUAACACACUAUUAGUCUGUAUGGGGUAUUUUAUUCUCACAACUGCCGUUAAUAUUUGGUUGAUAUCGCUAAGAUGGAAUAACUUCAGUCACUCGUGGACAAGUGCAUUCUUGGUCAUGUUUAUUAUACAGAGAUUCUCUUCGUCGAUUUACUACUAUUAUUAUAAAAGGGCAGCUUUGAGGAUCAGUGAUCCCAGAUUUUACGAAGAUAUUGACUGGGACCAACAAAAACUUUCACAAACGAAUUGAUCUUUCAUGUGAUGGUCAAGAGUAUUUAAAAAAUAUAACCAUGUUCUCAUUCAAUGCAAAAUUACUCUCAGAUCAGAUAAAAUUAAAAAUCUUAGUAUUCAUAAAAA